AUGGCCUCUGGGAUAAACAAGAUUCAUCAGCCCGGGACUUGCAAUGGGUCUAAAGCCGCUCGCAGCAGCUCGGCAGAGGAAUGCAAUCAGGAAAUGCACAUGAAAAUGUGCAAGAAGAUUGCCCAGCUCACUAAGGUGAUAUAUGCCCUGAACACUAGGAAUGAUGAACAUGAGGCUAGUAUACAGGCUCUGAGGGAGUCUCAUGAAGAAGAAAUUCAGCGCAUCCUUGCUGAGACAAGGGAAACGAUUCUCCAGUGUAAAAGCAAAGUUGAAGAAGAACAAUUGCUGAGAAAACACAUUCAGGCCCUUGAAAUUGCAGUAGAACAACACAAGAGACUAAAGGAAGAAGCCUUGGCAGAGUUAACAUUGUGCAAGAAGCAGGUGGAAGAGGGAGAACCAAGAACAGAAGUGAAACAAGCACAGACGGUCCUUUCUACAGACAUGGUAGGUACCAAUGCAGACUUUGAAAACAAGCUUCUACAUUUAAAUCAGGAGUCUGAUGGACUGCUAAAUGAAUGCAAAGAAUCUAAGAGAGAAAAUUUAGAUAAAAAAGUAAUUUUAGAUGAAAAAUACAGUGUGGAAGCACAAGCUCUAAUAAAUGAGAUGGAAAACCUGAAGAGUGAGAAUCAGAGGGCAACUGAAGAGUAUACUCUGAAAACAAGCAAACUGCAAGCCUCUUAUGAGAGAGAAAAACAGACUUUGAAAAAGGCUCUGCAGCAAUCUAUGAUAGAAAUAAAGAAUUGUCAGCAAAGAGAAAUGGAGCAAAGGAAGAGCUCAGAGGCUGAGGAAGGCUUUUUGCUGCAGCAGGUAAAGAAACUGGAGGCAGACCUAGAGGAGAAAAGCCAGAAGAUAAAUGAGAGGAAGAAGCAUUCCCAGAAGCUGAAGGAGAGAAUACAGGAGCUCCAGACACAGCUAGAGGAAUUUAGAAGAAAAUCUGAGUGUGAACUAAAGCAACUAGAGAAAGAGAAAGAAGUCCUAACUGGGAAACUUCAAAACUCUUCACUUGAGGUGGCUCAGCUGAAGCAAAUAUUAGAUCAACAAGCAAAUAAUUUCAGGGAGUCACUGAAGAAACAUAAUCUACAGUCCAACAAAGAAAAAGAGAAGCUUUUGCAGGAUCUUCAAAACACCAUUAAAGAAAACCAGAAUGUUAAACUGCAGCUGGAGGCAUCACAUCAAAAAGUCUUAAAAAUGUUGGAGAAAAGCAAAAAUCAGGAACUCAAGGAGGCAGAAGAGCGUUUGAAAAAGGAAUUUAAUGAGACUUUCAAGAUCCAACAUCAGUCUCAUAGGCUGGAAAUACAAACCUUGGAAGAGAAAGCAAAGAAAGAAUUACAUGAUGAACUCGAGCAGAUACAGAAGCAGCAAACCCUGUUGCUAGGUUCUCUAAGGAUGGAACUCUCUGAGCAACAGACAUCGUGCGCUAAUCUCAAGAAACAAAUAGAAGAACUCCAAAUGGAGCUGAGGAGUGUGAGGUCACUGAAGAAGCAACAGGAAGGAAGUAGCCAGAGCCAGAUCAGAUCUCUUCAUGAUGAACUGGAAAAAUGUCAGAGUGAAAUUUCCGAACUCAAGAAAGAGAAUUUACUUUUGAAGGAUGCGAUGGAACUACUCAGUGCUGAGUUGGAGUCGCAGAAGCAAGAAGCUGCACAGCUUCAGGAUAGGGAAAAACAGCACAGAAGACUUAAAGAAUUAGAAGAAAAGUCAAGAAAGUGGGAGUCCAGAUCAGAAGAUACACACCUUUUAAGCUGUCUGCAAGACAAAUUAAGUGAGAGAGAAGAGAUUAUCAAGCAGCUGGUGGAAGGAAGAAAAUUUCAGCAUUCACUUUUAGCCAACACUGAAUCUUACAGGAAUCGAUCAUUUUCUUUCAACCCUAAUACAGGAUGCCUGACUCCUUCCAUGAAGCAGCAGAAGAAAAUUAUUGAGGUGCCCAGUCGUGUUGUCAGUGUUCCGAAUUUAGCUUCCUACGCAAAGAGCUUUCUGAGCUGUGACUUGAGAUCAAAAAGAAGUGCUUCUCAAAUGACAAAAUCUACAAGCUUAGACCGGAGUCCUGGCUGCCUCAGGGUGGGCUCUCCAUCAGCACAGUCCUCAGACAACAGUGCUGCCACAAGGACACAUGGUGAUGAACCACCACAAACCAAAGAUGACCAAAAACAAGACCCUCAGCAUCAAGAAUGGUUUACUAAAUAUUUUUCAUUUUAA